AUGUCACUGUCCCUCCGCGUUGCUCGUCUCUCCCUGCUCGGCCUUGCGGUCGCUGUGGCUACAGAGCGCAACGAGCCUUGCGAUGACGGGGUGUGCCAGCCAGGAGAUGAUGAGCACGCUGCUCUUCUACAGAGCAGGAUGUCGGAGAGGAUGGAGGCAGAGCUGAGCAGGGAGAACCUCUCUGGCGCGGUGUUCUGCAACCCGACUCUGGGCCAGAUGUGCCCUCCGGGCAACGUGGCGUGCCCGGAAUGCGGCUCGACCUCGUGCCAGUGCCCAGGCGGCCCAGGCCCCAGCCCGAGCCCAUCUCCUUCGGGCCCGAUGUGCGGCAACAGUAUGCAGUCGUGCACAAGCAGCCAGGUGUGCAUCGGCUACUACCACUCCUGGGGAUGCGUGGGCAGCUGCGCGAACAACAUGGCCUGCCAGGGGGCCGAGGGCAGCUGGGACGGGUGCAGCAGCUGCAAGGACCGCGCGGAGUACGUGAUGAACUGGAACAACCCUGGGUACGCUGGGGGGUUCUCCCAGGCGCUGAGCAAGGUGGCCGGCGAGUUCCCGAGCGAGUGUGGCUGCCUUGAUGACUGA